UGUUAUUUGUAUACGUUAGCAACACGUACGAGCGAACAAAUCUACAGGUUCAGAGAUAUGGGAUCUUUCUAACAUGCAUUAAGUGUUCACAUGUGUGUCAGUAGUAGCAAUAGGAUCACGGGAAAGGCAAUGUGAACAGGUGCCUGUCAAAAAUAAAACUACGACUUUAGUUUUCCACAAUGAAGUGCUUCUGUACUGUAGAACGCGAUGGUGAUGAAAAGGUGGUGGAGAUUGUGCCGUUGCUGUUGUCGAUAUCACGUAGAAUAUAGUUUAAGUUUCACAUUUGCGGCGUUUUAAUUACUUGUCACAAAACAUCAGGCGAGACACACUCAUGAGUCACAGCUCGGAUAAGGAUAUAGUGUACUUGCCCCGAUUAUGGCAGGAAAGCUUAUAUCGAUCAAGCCAAGUCUGUUUUAUUGUGUCGUGUGUUUUGGGUACACAUUUGAUUGAGAGGAAUCUAGCCUGUAAUGUUUUAUGAGGUAAUCAAAUGUGGUGCUCAAGACGUUGGAGAGGCUUUUGAAAAUAGGAACAUUAAUAAUUCAUUAAGUUUAACAGAAAGUCUGCAUACCCAUGUGUAUUGAAUACGAUUACAGCCUGAUCAGACUUGUGGCUGUAGACAGGGAAGUGUCUGCUGUAAAUUAUGUAUUGACUGCAGUAAGGAUACUGAUUGAACUUUAACGUCCUAAUCAUUUGGGUCACAAUGCCUGUUAGACAGCAGAACAGAGCGGACAUGUUUAAGGGACCGCAAGAACUACAUAAACUGGAUCUCAGGCAGUUUGGAGGUCACAAGGAUGAGGUAAACUGCGUGGCUUUUUCCAAUGAUUUCCAGAUCCUGAUAACUGGAUCUGAUGACGAGAGAAUUCGAAUCUUCAACGCCAGAACUGGAGAGUUUGUUUGUAAAGUCAAAGGUCAUUCAGGGGCAAUAAAGAGUGUGGCCAUUACUGCUGAUUGUCGCCACUUUGCGAGUGGAUCGUAUGACAAGACUGCACGGGUGUGGAGGAUGCGAGAUGCCUCACUGCUGCAUCUCCUAAAAGGUCACACCAAAAGUGUGGAGGUGGUUGUCUUCUCACCAGAUGGCGCUCUGCUGUGCUCGGGAUCAUGGGAUAGGUCUGCCAUCUUGUGGGAUGUUGAGUCUGGUGGUGGUGUGAGGAUAUUCACGGGGCACGAGAACCUGGUGCAGUCCAUCGCUUUCUCCCCCAAUGGGAAAUGGAUCGCAACUGGUUCCUGGGAUUUUACUAUUAGAGUAUGGGAUCUGCCCAAACCAACUGCAUCAAUGACAUCCACAGCCACAGCAUCAACUCAAGCAUCAGCAUCUACAUCCUCAUCCAUGUCAGCAUCAACAUCAGCGGAUGGAGCAUUAACACAGGCAUCAACAUCAUCACAUACCCCUGUUCCCUCCACUACACCAAGCCCCACCCCUACCCCCAGCCCAGGGGCGAGGGAGGGGGUGAAGGUAUUGUCUGGGCACAAGGGGAACAUCCACGCUGUCGCCUUCUCCAAGGACGGGAUGCUGGCUUCAGGGUCGUGGGACAAGACGGUGAGGAUGUGGAACCCACGGACCGGGCGUGUCCUCCAUGUGUGUGAGGGCCACGAGGGAUGGGUCCAAGCUCUGGCCUUCUCCCCUGACGGAACCUAUCUGGCCAGUGCUAGUGAUGACGACAGCGUGCGUGUGUGGGAUGUCAUCAACGGAAAGUGUGUCAAAGUGUUGGAGGGGGAGACAGACCAGGCCCAUCACUGUGCUUUCACUGCUGGAGGUGCCCUCGUGGCGUGUGGUGCAGCGGUCACCACAUUGGCCAUACAUGAGAUGUCCUCAUCUCAGACAGCAGAGAAGAUGAUCGGCUUGCCGAGAUCGUGCACCCCUGCGAGCGAUGAGGACUCGUGACUCUUUGAUAAAGCAUCACAUUGUGCUACAGUCUAUAUUUAUAUGGAAUAAUGUUUAAUGGUGUGCAAAUGUAUACCAAACACUGCUUUCCCAUGAACUAGUCAUUCGAUCUUGUUACUGGAACUACACUGUUCACGAUGUUGGAGCGGACGUUGGUGUGAGUGAGGCACUUCACCAGGCAGUGCAGCAGAAAAAGGAAUCUAAGGCGACACUUUGCUGUUUUCAAGGUUUGCAAUUUGAACUAAGACACGUGGAAAUAAAUAAUUAACUCUGAA